AUGAGUUAUAUUAAUCCCUCGAAGAGUAUUAUCGGACCAAUCAAUGACCACUUUGGGCAUCAAUUGCGGCGCUUUUCAAUCACCGGCUUUUUCUUCCCCGACUUUGUAAUCGAUGCUAAAAUGUUUGACAAAUGCCGUCACUUAACACACCUAUCGGUGCCUCAGAUUAUACGACACUACGCAAGAAAUGUGAUCAUAAACUCCUUCUUCACCGAUAUUGACAAACAUUUGCCAAAACUUCAAGAGUUAUAUUUAAUAGAAAUUCGUGUGUCGGGUGUGGACGCGAUCCGACCGCUCACCCGAUGCCCACACUUACAGCGCCUAUACUUCUACUGCACUCAUGGCUUCGACCAGAAGGCUAUCGACGACAUGAGACCAGACUUUCUCGCACUUAAGACAGCAGUUUAUCAUGAAAAUAAUUCCAUUACUGACACAAUGCAAUGCGUUGGGGACGUGUAUCGGAUAGGUGUGGGCAUUGCCGACACGACCGGACCCGCCGCUGAGAUUAACUUGAUGGGUUAUGCAAAAUCAGGACAAGAGUCGGCUGGUAUACACUUCCGGACAUAUAGUCGGGCCGUUAUUAUAGAGGACUCAAAGGGC